AUGUUCAAGCAUUCCAGCCUCGUUGCCCUCGUUGCCCUCGCGGUGACCGCCUUUGCUUCUCCCGAGCCGUGGCACGGCAUCGUGCCUCCUCUCCAUCGCCGUCUGACGGGCCAGAACAUCGCGUUUUCCUGCUACGGCGGAGGCGGCGACUGCGAGUGCCCGACCGACCUCACGGGAGACAGCAACGGCGUCCUCAUCAACGUCUACCCCGGCUACCAGUGCGCCUACCCAGGUGGUGCUUGCACCUGGGAUGACAAGACCGGUGCUCUGGAGAACACCGCCCAGACCAACUGCCCGACCUCUGCGCCGUGCAGCACCGUCAGCGGCUGCCAGUGCCCCAUCGACAACAACAGUGACACCGGCGUCUUGAUCAACCAGUUUACUGGAUACCAGUGCGCAUACGUGCAUGGUGCUUGCACCUGGGACUACACUGGCGCUCUCCAGAACACUGCGCAGACCAAUUGCCCUACCGUUGCGAAGUGCGCGCAGUUGGCUGGCGAUUCCUAA